AAUAGGGCCCGUCGGAGCUGAGGCGGGGGUCGGGGUCGGGUCGGCCGGUGGUGGCCGCCCACUCUGCGUCCUGCAGUGUCGGCGCAGGGAGCUGUGACCUCAGCGGCUCCCCAGCCGACCCCAGACACACCGGCAGGGACAGCGGAGCGCUGAGGAGCUCGGCGGGUCGCCAUGGCGCUCACCAGCAGGACGGCCUGGCGUGACAUCCGCUCGCCACUGACUGUGGCUGACCUGCGCGCUAUGCUGGUGGCGCCCUCUCGCGGCGUCAUAGCCUUCCCAUCGCGGCCAUACGACGAGGUCUACCCGGGCAUCAUCAUCGGAGACUGCUCCACCGCGCUCUGCCUGCCUCUGCUCCGCUCUCUGCACGUGACCCACGUGCUGAACGCGGCGCUCGGGCGCGGCGGCGGCGCCGUCUCCUUGCGGGGUCACGUGGCGACCUCAGCCGGCUACUACAGCGAGCUCGGCGUCCAGUUCCUGGGCCUCAGCGCCCUGGACGUCCGGGGAUUCGACAUCUCGGUCCACUUCGACAAGGCGGCUGAGUUUAUUGCAGGAGCGCUCAGAGACGACGGGAAAGUGCUGGUGCACUGCGUCCAGGGCCUGAGCCGCUCGGCCACCCUGGUCAUAGCCUACCUCAUGAUCAAGCUGCACAUGUCGCUGUCGCAGGCCCUGCAGACCGUCAGGGCGCGCCGGGAGAUAUUCCCCAACGACGGCUUCCUACAGCAGCUGAUCCGCCUCAACAACCAGCUGAUGGACGCGCGACGCGUCAACGUGUCCUGGCUGUGAGCGCCUGGCGGCGGCGGCGGCGGCGGAGAGGGGCGCGCGGCGGCCCCGGUGCCGGGGCAGACUGCCUGACCUGUGACCAGAGUCCUCCCUCUGUGACUGAUACCUACUGGCCGUCCAGCCAGUCGGACCUUCGGACGGCUCUGAGUGACCCCGACCCCGACCCCCUGUCCCAUCUACCCCUCUCAUCCACCAGUCCCUCCAUCCCUCCUCGGCCUGCCGAACGACCGUUACCGCUGCCCCCAGACACAGCGCGUGUUCAUCGGCUUAUUGCCGCCGCAAAAACGUCUUCAUUGCGCCACGAUUGUCGCAACCCCCGGCCGCCGAGACCCCGGCCUCUGUGCAGUGCCGUCAGUGGAAGAUCCCACUGGUCGUGGAUAGCCGAGCGUGCCGUCCCGAUGUGCUGUGAUAUCGGUGUCUCUCCGCGGCGGCUGAGCCCCUCCAGGUCACACCCCGGCCUGUCAGCGCCGGCCACAGACAGCAGUGAUGUUCUCUGAAUGUAUUUACAGUCACUUCAUACAAAUGUAGGCAUGCUGGGACUAGAAAUAUCCAUCUGUGGACCGCAGGAACACCGUGAAAACAUGCACAAUUACGCACCGAUUUUAAAAACACCGCAAAUUUCACUGUCAAUUUCCGUGUAAAAAUAUGCAUUAAAACAAAACAAGACCAUAAAAGAUGUUCACUUCCCUUGUUCUGUACAAACAACACAAGCGCUCGCGUGAGUGAUAAUCGAAGAAAACAUGCACGAAAUGGGAAUAAAAACGAACGUCGCCUAACA